UAUCAUCUCAUCUCAUUUCUGCAACGAAGAAGAACAAAAAUCUGAUACCUCAAAAUCCCAUCCCUUCAAAGCAACCACAAACCAAAACUUUCGAUUCUCUCUCUCUUUCUCUCAGAUCAGAGAAGAACAGAACGAGAAUCUGAGAAGAAGAAGAAGGAGGAAUAAUGGAUCUAGCACCAGAGGAGCUGCAAUUCCUGAACAUUCCAGAAAUCUUGAGAGAAUCAAUCUCAAUUCCGAAGAGAUCACCGAAGACAUUCUAUCUCAUAACCCUAACCCUAAUUUUCCCUCUCUCAUUCGCAAUCCUCGCACACUCACUCUUCACACACCCACUCCUCGCUCAGCUCCAGAACCCUUAUCAGGAUUCUGACCAAGCUAACCAUGAAUGGACCCUUCUCCUCACAAUCCAGUUCUGCUACCUUCUCUUCCUCUUCGCCUUCUCUCUCCUCUCCACCGCCGCCGUCGUCUUCACCGUCGCUUCCCUCUACACCAACAAAGCUGUCUCCUUUUCCUCCACCAUCUCCGCAAUCCCCAAAGUCUUCAAGCGUUUGUUCAUCACUUACCUCUGGGUCACGCUUUUGAUGUUCAUCUAUAACUUUGUCUUCGUGAUUUCCUUGGUUUUGCUUAUUAUAGCAAUUGAUACACAGAACUCGUUUCUGCUGUUUUUCGCGGUUAUUGUGAUCCUUUUAUUGUUUCUCGUUGCUCAUGUGUAUAUUACUGCGUUAUGGCAUUUGGCUAGUGUUGUGUCGGUGCUGGAACCGAUUUAUGGUAUUGCUGCUAUGAAGAAGAGCUAUGAGUUGUUGAAGGGUAGGAUCAAGUAUGCUGCGGUUUUGGUUUCUGCUUACUUGGUUGUAUGUGGCAUAAUCGGUGGGGUGUUCAGUGGGGUGGUAGUGCACGGUGGAGAUAGCUAUGGGGUCUUUACUAGGAUUGUGGUUGGUGGAUUCUUGGUGGGUGUGUUGGUCAUUGUGAAUUUGGUGGGAUUGUUGGCGCAGAGCGUUUUCUACUAUGUUUGCAAGAGUUACCAUCACCAAGGGAUUGAUAAGAGUGCUUUACAUGAUCAUCUUGGUGGAUACCUUGGAGAGUAUGUGCCUCUCAAGAGCAGCAUUCAAAUGGAGAAUCUGGAUGUAUGAUCAAAGGAAAAGAAAUUUGGGGGGUUUGUAAGUGGAUUUUUUCUUUUUCUUCUUUUUUUAAUGUAAUUGAUGGAAUAGUGUAAUACAUUUGGAAAGAAACACAAAUGGUAUUGGUAGAUUGUAAUUUGAAUUGUGAUAUUGUGUUC